AUGUCCUUUUUCGGCUUUGACACCUCCCUACCUAGGGACCGUUCAACCGGCAACAACAAGGGUAUUUUCGACCAUGCCAAUCCUUUCACUGAGGUCGCAAAGGCUCGAAAAUUGCAAGCUUUCCAGGAUACUGAAGAAGAGAUUCUUGAUUUCGAGGAUACCUACGAUGGGCUGGGAAAUCAGCUCCAGGAAACAGGCGAUGAUCAGAAUGAUGACACUUUUGGUGGAGGCGCCGACCCCACCACUGGCCCGGGUGCUUCAGGCAAAGAGUUCGAUUUCUUCGGAAACACCGCCCAAGUCGCCGGUGCCAUAGAUGAAGAGCAUCUGCGGUACAACCUCCAACAUCACCAGAAUGCUCCAACUCAUCUCACUCAGAAGCCAAAGAGGUCGGGGUAUGAGAAGUAUCAAGAUCCUGGCUAUAUCCCCGACAUUCAGGCAAAGUCAGGCGCCUGGGGAUCAAAAUCCCAUCAAACAACCCAAUCUUACACCGACGAGGCCAGGAUCAGUACUGCUCGUCCAAAUGAUACACCUGCUCCCCGCAUCCAGGAUGCUCCUCGUGCCCCACAACCAAUGCUGAGUCUGGAUGAGGUAGAGGCAGCUAUGCUUGCCCAGUCACGAGCUCAACAGCCUCCAUAUCCACUACGUCAACCCUACCCCUUUCCAAUGCAACAUGCUCAACCGCCACCACAACCUCAAUAUCAGCCGGUACCACCACAGCCCGCACCUUCAUUCCAGCAACCUCCACCUCCGCAACAGCCACGCGCCUCUCAAAGUCCACAACGACACAAUCGCGCUCCAUCUCAACCGUCACAGCCUCGUGGAGGGCAGCACCCUCUUCAAAUACUUCAAAAUCCCAAUCGACCUCGACAUUCUCCACAGCCAAGUCUCGACAGAAACCAAAAUGCUAGCCAGCCCGCAGGUGCACCUGCUGCAUCCAACCCUCCAAACCUCAUGGAGUUGUCGGAAGAUCAACGCAAAGCUUAUUUGGAAGAGGAUGCGAAAAGGGCGAAGCGAAACCAUAAAAUCUUCCUUCUUUCAAAAGGAAACGGACUAAUGACUCCACAAGACAAGAAUUUCAUUACUCGUAUACAACUACAACAGCUUGUUACGGCAACCGGUGCUUCGACUGAUUCAACUAGUGAAACUGCCCUGAACGAGGACUUUUACUACCAAGUUUACAGCCAGAUUCGAGGUGCUCCAAGGCAACACCCAACUCAACCUCUGGGACAUUUUGCGCAGACCUACUUGUUCCAAACCGGAAGCCGUACGGGUGGAAGACGACAAAAUGUCAAUGGUGAUAACCACAUGCAAAGGAUGCAACAACAAGUUCAACGUGCAGUGGAAGCUGCUAAAUUGAAGCCCAAAAAUAAGCAGCUCAUCAUCGAGGGAAGUUUGGGCAAGAUUUCAUUUAGCAAUGCAAAGACCCCCAAGCCACUUUUGAACAUCAAGAGACAAGAAAGCUCUGACAGCCGACCGGCAACUGGCAAUGUAAACAACGUGAACCCGAGUGAUCGCAAAACCAUCCUCAAGAACAUUGAACAAGUCUACACGACCUUGAUGCGUCUGGAAGACAAUGAACGACGCAUGCCACCCCCUCCCACGGAAGGUGAUGCAGAUUCGGUACAGGCUCAUAUUGAUUGGAGACAAAAGCUACAGGAGCUCAACACUGCCUUGUGGCAAGGCUUGAAGGUGCUAGAUCCAAUUGUACCAGGCUCCACAGUUGUUCAUCCUUUCAUCGCAUUUUUGUCAUUUUCCAAGGGUAAAAAGGCAAUCCCUCGUGUCUUCCACCAAAUCGGCCAAGAGCAGCGGUUGACGAUCCUGACCAUGAUUGUGAUUCACCUCGACCAACUGGAUGUAAUCAGAGAGGCACAACUUGCCUCAGGAGAAUCGCAACCACCUCCACACGUUCGCGAGGAAAUUGAACUCUUUUCGCAUGCUGUAAUGCCCUGCUUAUUGGGAUAUGUAAGCGAGGCACCAAUCAACAUUGUCAUUGGUUUACUUGGGCUCCUGAUCGACCAUACGAAUCUUGUCACUGUUUUCCACACCAAGAUUGGUCUUGGAAUGUUAACCAUGCUAUUAAGUCGAGCAGAGCUGGUCAAAGAGAGUGGGUCAGUCUCUGAUGCAGAUUGGCAGCAGUGGACUACUCUCUAUAACCGACUAUUUGACCACUUGGAGCUAAUACUUGCCACAAUAUUCCCCGGCCCCGUCAAUUCUGGAGACGAUAUGUAUGUUUGGCAAUUCCUUGCAGCUGUGGGUAUCGGCGCCAGCCCUGAUCAGCAACAGAGAUUGGUCAUUGGAGUCAAAGAUCGAGUCAUGGAAACAGUACUCCAAAGCAAAGCAUUGCCUGCCGAAAUGUCCAGUGUUAGGCUAGGCAACGUCAAUUUGUUCAUGAGGGCGAUCGGCUUGGAUGUCGAGAUGUUAGGAUAG